AUGGUCACAGGCGAAGAGUACGCAGCGCUCGCGCCCGCCAUCGCGUCGACCAAGCUUCGUCUCUCGGCGUCUCGCGUUGCCAACGUCGUGGGCCUGCACGAAUUUGGCGAUGCUGUCGAGAUCUUCCUCGAGUACGUCUACCAAGACCUCGAGCCGCUUCUAGCGCUGGACGCGCGCGUCCUUGGCUUGCAGCUCGUGUCCAAGGACGAUGAGCUCGACGACCUCAUGCGCAGGUCGGGAGCCGCCGCGGCGCUUGCCAAGAUCCUGGGCUGGGCGACCAAGACGUCGACGGCCAACAUCACGACGGCCAACAACCUUGCUGCUAAUAUCGGAGCCAUUGCAGCGUGCGCUCAGCAAGCGCAGAAGCUCAGCGCCAUUGAAGCCAAGGCGCUGCGGAACGGGCUUCACGAGAAGCUUCGCGUCAACGUCGGCAAGCGCAACGAAAGCAUCGCCCUUGCGACAUACGAAGCGCGCACGGGGCUCACGGUCUCGGCCUCCAACGACACGUUCUAUUACGUCCUGCUGCCAGACUUGGACCAAGUGUCGGUGCUGGUCGACGCCGACUGCGCCUGCGCCCGCGCCGAAGCCCUCGAAGGCUGCAUCGAGCGACUCGCGAUCUCGAAAAGGAAGAUGCAGCGACCAAAAGCCGUCGACUUGAAUCUGAAUCUCAACCCCACCGAGGCGAUCGACGACAAAGACGACGACAUUGACGAUACGGACCGAGACCUCUCAACGAAAGCGCAUUACUUUAGCCUCUGCGGCAUGGUCGACGGCACGACCGAGGUACUGCACAUUGCCGAGAACGACGAGUGGAGCACCGAGCCGAUCGUUGUCGAGGUCAAGAACCGGAUGCAUCGGUUCCGAGACCCCGUGCCCUUGUACGACUGCAUUCAGAUGGCGGUGUACAUGAAGAUGCUCCAAGUCCGUCAAGGCGACAUGGUCCAGUGCCUGCACAGCGACCAGACAUCGAUCCUUGUGACGCGCAUUCAACUGGAGGCCUAUCCGCUCUCGUCCUCGGCCGCAACAGCAUGCCUUUGCCAGCGACGCCAGGACCUCUGGUCGUCCGUCCUCGUCCCGCGUCUGUACGCGUAUGCUGACGCAGUUUACACGCUGCGACGCAACGACCUCCGACGUCUGGCCUUUCUCCAGGCACCGCGCGACGUUCAGGUGGCUCUCUUAAAGGACCUCCUUCCCUACGAUCCAUGAAUCCAUUUAAGUUUUUUAC